UCUAUUAAGUUAUUUUCUUUUCAGAUAGAGCAGUGUUUCCUCGGCUGUGAGGUAUCUUGGAGGAUUUGCUGCUGCUUGGAAAUUGUACGCUCUUUCUUAGUUUUCAUCUUUAACUGGGGCUGGGAUAAAAGAUGCGGAGGAGAAAGGGCAGACAUGAUAAAGGUUUUAAUUGAAAUAGCACCAUCCCUCUCUGUCUGAACUGCACAAGAUUAUGUUGCACAGUGAUAAACAUGAGUGGAGUUUAUCUUCAGUUCAGCAGUAUCCUUGUGAAUCCCACCUUGCAAACCAAGCACCAGAAACUUCUUUACUUGGUUUGCGCUUGGUUAAUUUUGGUUGAAGCCAUAAUUAAGCACAGAAUUGAUGGUCACCUUGCUGACCAUGAUUAUCCUGGAGGAGUCAGAGUGAUGUUUUUAAGAGAACCGUGUCUUAGGAUCCUGUUCUUUGAAGGCAUCAGCAAGACUUAAAGAUGUUCUGGUUUGAAACUCCAGGUAAAAUGUACCAAAAGCUUUUUGAGGAAGCUAAAAAGUUGCAGUGUAAGAGGGGAUGCUUGUAGGUCUUUGCACAGAUGAAUAACAAAUUAGAAGGUGAGACCAAAGGGUAGAAAUGAAAAGAAAAUUCUCUAUUAAAGAUGUAUCCCAGUUGAGUUCCACAGAGGUCUAUGCCAUUCCUUGCGUUCAUAAAUGAUAUAAGCAAGGGAUGAGCAAGUGGAUUAGCAUGUUUGCUGUCAAGAAGGGAAGCAUCUGUGAAGGACAGUAGAAGGACACUGAAAGUUCUGAAGACUGAAACAAAAUGAGAGAUGAAAUUCAAUAUAGAUAAAUGACAAUAACUGAGGAGCUCAUACAUGAUUAUGAGUUUGAUCUCAGUGUUAUCACAGAUGUGUAAGACUUGGGGAUGAUUCUGAAUAAUUGAUCACCAAAGCACAACUUGACUGAUAGGAGAUAUUAGGAAAGAGCCACUAUCUUUUAGAACAAGAACAUACCAAGCUAAGAGCGAAGGCCACUUCCAAGCCUUUGAAAGUAAGAGAACCUCCAUAAAACUGGUAGUGGAGAGACCUGUGAGAUGAUAUCUCCCACUAGCAUCAGUGCAGUGGAUAUUAAAAAUGGGUAUGAUUUCUAAGGGGAGGCUGAACAGAAAGGGCUUGAAAGGAGAAUGUACUGAAAAUUGCUAAAUUAAUAGGAACCAUGUAGUGGUUUAGGAAGUCCUUGACAUCAAGGUAGUUGGAAGCCAGAGGAGUGCUGGUGGGAGAUAUCACACAUUCAUCACCUGUUUUGGCUAUUUCCUGAGAGAGAAUGCUGGAGAGGAUGUACCAUUAAUUUGUCUCACACCCUUAACUCUCAUCUUAAGAAGUCUGAGUGUCUUGUUUUACUCCUGGGACAAACAAAAGUAACUACUUAUGAACAUGAAUUAAUUCUUAAUUGUAUUAGUGUAGGACCUCAUAGAUACUCUUUGGGUAUGUGUUUGUGUUUAUUGGUACACGUAUGGGAUUUGCUUUUGAUUAGAGUUUACUGUUAGAAUGCCAUGGUCCUGUAUGCAAGGUUGAUUUCUACACAGAGUUUGCUUUCAUCAGUUUAAGGAUGAAUGCAGAUUGUUCCUGGCAGGUUUUAGGGUUUGGGGGUUUUUUUGUGUGUUUUUAUUUGUUUGUUUUUUUGUGCGAUUUGUUUUUAGCUCUAAAAUACAUAAAGGCACUUUUACAUGUUUAAAACAUUCUAAAAGUAAUUACAACAUCAGCACUGUUUGCAUCACAGCCUUUCCAAAGGUUUUAGGAAAAUAUCUGUGCAGUGUUUUAGAAAUUCUUAAAGCAUAUAAAAACCUUGAGCAUCAGAUGGGUUAUCUCUGGUCAGUUCUUGCUUUCCUUGAUUUAUUAUGUAAGCAGGAAUCCUUAGGAAUAUUUAGUAACCAAAACUAAGCUCUCAGGAUUUGAAGUGCACAUGAACAACUUAAAAGAUGGAAGCCCACAGAGAGAUGCUGGGUAGUGUUGUGAUAGUUUGUUGUUGUUGUUUUGAAGUUACAGACCAUUAAGUCACGAUGAAAUCAACUUUGGUAAAAUCAUGUUCUACUUUUCCAGAAACUUAAGGAGGAAAAAAAGCAGCCAAACACAACAGGAUUUUAUGUAAUACUCUUACUAGUGUUGCAUAGUAUAAGAAUGAGUUGUUGUCUAAAAUUAAGAAGCUAGUUGUUCACAGUUGAUGGCUGUGGUACAGCCUUGUAGAGUUGCAGCUAGUUUUAUAAUCGAGGAAAAAAACUGGUGUAUAUAGCAGUUGCAUCAAGAUAAAUGCUCAUCUUCGCAUAAUUGCCAUUAAUUAUCCCAAGCAACUUAGAGAUGUUUUGCCCCAGGGAGUUUGCUUUAGUAAGUUUAAAAUAAUAAUGGAUAGAUUUCUUAAGAUGACAUAUGUCUAUCAGAUCUUUACUGGUGAGAAAAAAUAAUAGGCUGGGACAUCUGUUCACCUUGCUCACCUCAGAGAAGCUGUGGGUGCCCCAUCCCUGGAGGCGCUCAAGGCCAGGUUGGAUGGGGCCAAGGGCAGCGUGAGCCGGUGCUUGAUGUAGCAGCUGGCAAUAUUGCUUAUGGUAGGGCUGUUAGAAUUAAGUGAUCGUUGAGGUCCCUUCCAACCCAAGCCAUUCUGUGAUAGGCAUUAGCAAUGUGCUAUCACUGACAGUAGACUAAGGCGAUUGCCUCACAUUAGUUUCAGUGCUUAUGCUAAUGUGUUAUGUUUUAGCUACUAGACUGUUUCCCCCAAGGGUGAAGUCCUAUGCAUUAUUAUUUCAAGUCACUCUUAUGUUUAUACCCAAGAUCACCAGAUAGAUAGUUUCGUUGUUUUGCCCACAUCAUUCCAUUCUCCUGCAGUAGCUUUUCUCCUGCUGCGUGCUUGGGUUUUGUUUUGUCUUCCUGCAGUCUGCGUGUGCUCUUGCUGCCAUGGUCCUUCAGCUAUCCCUACACAGGGUAGACUGGAAUGUGAAUCCAAGCUAAAAGAUUCUUCUGAUAUCGGCUUCCUGAUAAAAAGGGAAAGCCCUGAAUUUCAUGAUAAGAUAAAUACAGCCUUGUAUUAAAAAACACAAAACAAAACAAAAACUCGAAACAUCGUUGUUUCUUUUGUGAUGAGCAUGUGUACAUACACAAACUCCUCUUACAUGAAAUGCUUCUUUAAAGUUGGGCCAGUGCCUACAUCUUUGAACAGCUAUUUACAGUAUCUCUUAUCCGAACCUGUAGAAGGCCAAGUGGCCACCCACCUCUCAGUGUCGUCUCAUCACCCACUGGGGCCUCCGUAUGUGUUCUUUGGUUUUCUCACAUCAUUCUUUAGGCUUAUGAGAGAAGAGCAACAUAAAAAACCUUAACCAGUUCUCUGCUAGUACAAGAUAACAUACCUGUUAGCUCUCUUCCUCUCAGUGCCAUCCUGCACAAUGGCCGAAGGCAGUGCUCUGGGCUUUGAAAUCCGUCCAUCCCGCCGUUUGGCGGUGCCGUGUUUAUAGACAGUCGUGCCAGGUGUCUUCUUUGCUUAGGGGUGAAACAUGUGUAUACAUGUUGCUCGCUGUUCGCAUCUCUUCCAAAUUACACAAUAAAGCAGACAGAAAAUUAAAUGAAGUAUAAUCUUGUGGAACUGCAGGCGCGAGCCCUUCUGGUAUAGGGUGGCACCCUGAUUAAACCAACUUCUGGUUAUAAAUCUCACAAGAACAAACUGGGGAGAAUCAGCAUCUUCCUAUCCUUGUCCUUCUAAAUACUGGCAGCAAAGGUGAGCAGGCUUUGCUAUCUGAUGCCUUUAAGAAGUGGCAUGCUGUUCAAAUAAGUGUGUAUCGGAUCACCUGCCAAGAACAAAUAGUGAUGUAGACACCUGCAUCUGUCAGAAGACUGAUUUUAAUUGGACGCCGAGAAAGGCACCCCCAAAAUCAUCAAUACUUCAGCAUCUUUGCCAGUUAAACAUGAAUUUUUAUUGCAAGCUUGACCUUUUUCAUUGGUCAACUCUUCAAGCUGAGAUCUCCCCAUAACAUAAGGUCACUGUCAGUAGCAUCUGUCUCAGGAAGACCGAGGUUGGAGGCUAGACCUUCUGCAGCUACUUUAGGAUGUUUGUCCGGCUGCAAAACUGCAGCAUUUUUCUACAUGAUUCAGGGAGUGAAACCUACCAUUUGUCCCACAGUCACUAUAAGCCUGUAGUAGGCGUGAUGGUCCUUGAUGAUCCGGGGGAUGUCCGAAGGCGGUAGAUUCCAGCAUCAACUUCUGCCCACAUACUUCCAUCUCACACUAGGUGUAAUAGUGAUGGGCACAGCGCAGCUGGGGAGUUGUUUCCCUUAUACCACUCAUGGCAGCGGUUGUGAGGGUUCACAGGCCCAGCCUGGAGGGAUGUUAGUGUCUUCAUAGAACUUGAUCCUGUUCUUGUGAGUACAUGCUCACCUGGGAUCUGUGUGGACAGCCCUUCUUAAGGAAUCACACUAUUCACAGGGUAAAUAACCCCUUUUCAUUCUGUUUGCUUCAAGAAAUAUUUAAAACCCAAGAUGACCCUGUAUUAUUCUUAAAUCUUUUAUUCUCUCAUUAUCACAACUAAUAUUUUAGGACCCUUUUUCUGCUUCACAGACAGAUUAAUUUCAAGAAUCGGAACUCCAUGCACUGUUCUGUAUGUGAAGUGCAAUGACACUUCCUGACAGAUACUGUGUUGUCAAUACUGUGCUCACAUUAUAACCCUGUUUUGAAAGACCUUUGACCCUUUAGAUGCUGUACAUUCAAGUAUAGUCUUAACUGACAAUGAUCUGGAUGGGUCAGCAAAGUUAAGGCCGGGCAGAUACCAGAAGAUCUGAAAAAUUCCUAGAAUUAUAAUGUGGCAAAUUACAGAAGUCUUUUAAGUUCCUACGUGGAUUUCAGGCACAUUUUGCAGUGUGGUGCUUUCUGCCUCACAUGGAUAAUUUAAACUUUAGUAUUGAUUAAAAACUGGUUCUUAUCUCAUCUGAUUGAGAACUUAGUAACACCACAGGCAGGUACAAGAAGAAUGGUGCAUCUUUGUUCACUAUUUUACCUUAGAGAUUUUCUAGCACCGGAAGAUUCUGAGGAAGGUGGUCUAAAAAUGAGCAUUGUGGUGGGCAACUUUGGCAUUCUGUGCAUAAGAAAGUCUUUUAGUAGAUUUACUGCUGUAGAAUAUAGAAUUUAUAUCUAAGCUCUUUGACUAGGCAUUGGUCUUGUAGAAGCUGAGAUCCCAGCUAAUUGUAGGUACAGAAUCGCCCACAUCUGGAUCCACUGCAUUGCAAUUGUGCUUUGUUUGUAAGACAAUGAAUAAGAGUACCUGACUUUCCUCCUUCAUUCAGUUCAGCAUUUCAAGUACAUCUGGCAUUUACUUUCCUUAUUUACGUAUUCCAGUUGCUCCAGUUUCACCUGCUUUGAUAGUCUUCCCGUGCCUCUGAUGACCGGUCCCUGAAGCCAUCUGCUUUUUGCUAGAGUUCCUUCAGAUAUGAAAGUUCAACACAAUAAUCAUUUAAGAGUUGAGGGGGCAUUAUAUUACUGGAAAUAGUCUGUAAAUACCAAUAGUGAAUGGGCUAAGUCCCUUAAGACAUAGUUCAUUAAAUGUUUGGAGCUGUCUGAAAUGCUGUCUGCUUAUUAUGAACUGCUAUAGUAGAAACUUUUGGAUUACGAAGCACUUCCUUUCUGCUGUGACAGAGUGGGAGAUAUCGAGGUAGGCAUCACAGGGUAUCUAGAUUAUAAUCAUAGAGUCAUAGAAUAAUGGUCCUGCUGAGAGAAUACUCGAGGAGUCAUCAGCUUUUUCUCCCCAAAACGAAGUGAUUUUGAUGAGAGUUGUGUCCCCACACUUUCUUGUUAGUUAAAAACAAGGCUUUCUGUUUGGGUUUGGGUACUGGACCUGUUUCUACCCCCAUACCUGCAUGUAAAAAACCCCAGAUAAACUCCCAUUGUCUGCCGGAAAGCUUUGGUGGGUUACUGAAAAGCACUUUCACCUUUGCUAGGCUUUCAAGCACACUCGUUCAUUCACAUCCAUGAUUACCAGCGGAGGAAGUCGGGGUGGUGCAAAGCUGAACUUGGUACCCAAAAAGAAAACAGUAGCAGAGAAUGGAAAAUGGGAUGAGCAAAUUGUACAGGGGGCAAUGUUGCAUGAUGCCACAGCUCCUACUGGGUACCUUCAGCCUAAUAUAACUCUAAGUGUACGUGUGUUAUACAGAGCUUUUCCCUUGCAUACCUAGAUAAGUUGGAGGGGGUAAACCUAUCCCUUAGAAUGAGGUGCUGAUCGUGUUUCCAGUAUAUUCCUACAUCAUCCAGGAGGCCUUCUAGCAGGAAAUGGGAGAUGUACUGCGAUUUCAUAAAAGGGUAGUGGCAGGGAAAAGGGAGAUGUAAGGGAAAUUCCAGAAAGGCCCUCUGGAUUAGCUCAGGCACACCUAGACUUGCCCUCUAUUGGGAUUUACCUGUAGCAUGUACAUCAUUAAGAUGCUUUAUUAUUUUUAAAAUUAAUUUUAUUUUCCUUUGCAGGUCACCUUUUAAGCUGCUAUUUCCUGUAUAAUUAAGCAGAAUGAAGGCAUUAGGUUCUAGUAGAGUUGGGCCUAAUCCAGAAAUCUUCUCUUAUUCAGUCUUUUCUAAACCAGUAAAAAUGGGAAGUACUGGAUUCUGGUUUCCUCCAAGAAGAGUCAGCGGAACUGGUUAAGACCAAAAUCUGAGGACUUUAGUGGGCAAACAUCAGUCCCCUUUUGCUUUCUUUUACGACCACAUGAAACUUGAGAAGCCAUCUAAAGCUAAAUCAUUUAGUGGAGUUGGGCAAUUCCCAAGUGUCCAACAAGAAGGCCUGGUUUAGGCUGCGAUGGCCACUGUCAUUCCUGGUGAUUUGUCAGAAGUAAGAGAUACCCAGAAAGUCCCUUCAGGGAAACGUAAGCGUGGUGAAACCAAACCAAGAAAAAACUUUCCUUGCCAACUGUGUGACAAGGCCUUUAACAGUGUUGAGAAAUUAAAGGUUCACUCAUACUCUCACACAGGAGAGAGACCCUACAAGUGCACACAACAAGACUGCACCAAGGCCUUUGUUUCUAAGUACAAAUUACUAAGGCAUAUGGCUACUCAUUCUCCUGAGAAAACCCACAAGUGUAAUUAUUGUGAGAAAAUGUUUCACCGAAAAGAUCACCUAAAGAAUCACCUACAUACACACAAUCCCAACAAAGAGGCCUUUAAGUGUGAAGAAUGUGGAAAGAACUACAAUACCAAGCUUGGGUUCAAACGUCACCUGGCUUUGCACGCUGCAACAAGCGGUGACCUCACCUGUAAGGUAUGUUUGCAGACUUUCGAAAGCACAGGAGUGCUGCUGGAGCACCUAAAAACUCAUGCAGGCAAGUCAUCGGGUGGAGUGAAGGAGAAAAAACACCAGUGUGAACACUGUGAUCGUCGGUUCUACACCCGAAAGGAUGUCCGUAGACACAUGGUAGUGCACACUGGAAGAAAGGACUUCCUCUGUCAGUACUGUGCACAGAGAUUUGGGCGGAAGGAUCACCUAACGCGCCACAUGAAGAAAAGUCACAACCAAGAACUUUUGAAGGUCAAAACAGAGCCAAUGGACCUUCUAGAUCCCUUUACCUGCAACGUUUCUGUGCCUAUCAAGGAUGAGCUGCUUCCAGUGAUGUCGUUACCUUCCAGUGAACUGACAUCAAAGCCAUUUACAAACACUUUGCAAUUAAAUCUCUACAACACUCAGAUUCAGUCCAUGCAGAGUUCUGCAUCUGCACACCAAAUGGUUGCCACAUCGUUACCAUUGGGAAUGCCUUGUCCAAUAGAUAUGGAGUCUGUCCACCCUUCGCACCAGCUAUCAUUGAAAUAUCCGCUCAGUUCUACCUCAUAUGCAGUUUCUAUGCCUGAAAAGGAACAGCCUUUGAAAGGGGAAAUCGAAAGUUACUUAAUGGAGUUGCAAAGUGGUAUGCCUUCUUCGUCCCAGGAUUCUCAAGCGUCUUCGUCAAAACUAGGGCUGGAUCCACAAGUAGGGCCACUAGAUGAUGGGUCUGGGGAGGUUUCCCUUUCCAAGGGCUCCGUUCCUAUUAGUGAACCUCUAAACACCCCGUCAUUGGACUUUUCUCAGCUGUUCAACUUCAUACCCAUCAACGGCCCUCCCUAUAAUCCUUCUGUUUCAGUGGGAAACCUUGGAAUGAGUUACACACAGGAGGAGGCACAUUCUUCUAUGACUCAACUUCCACCACAGACACAGGAUCCACAAGAUCCUAGCAAUAGUAUAGGUCUUGGGUCUCUGCACUCAUUGUCAGCAGCUUUCACGAGCAGUCUAAGCACAACCACCACCCUACCGCGAUUUCAUCAAGCUUUCCAAUAGGAUGUACAAAGCUGGCUUGUUACUGUCUAUUUGUAGAAAUGCCUUAGGUGACCAUUUUUAACUUAGUGCCUACUAUAAGACAUUAUCAGUUCUCUGCUUUUGUACAGUACCAAUCUCAUGAAGCCAGUAAGAAAGUUAAAUUUUUAAACAUGUUUUGAAAGUGUUUAUUCUCAGCUGUGUUUACUUCAUUGUUUGGGUUUUUUUUUUGUUUUGUUUUGUUGUUUUUUUUUUUAAAGUCUCCUUGUAUUGUUUUCAUUUUCACUGCCAAAUGACACAUUUAAAAUGUCCACUAGAAAGUCAUCCCAAGCAAGCGUUCAACGCGCAUCCCUUUUUAUAAACCUUCUUCAACCUUUACAGCCACUCUGUUCUAUUGAUGACAGUGGCGGAACCACCAUUUUUACCUUUCACAACAUUUGCAAAGGAUCCGAUUCAAACGUGUAAUCACAAAGGUUCCUGAAGAUUGGGGAGGAAGUUUCUCUGGUCCCUUUUCUCUUCCCAACUGGUGACAUCUGAUCUGUUUUAUAAUGACAAAUUUUAAUUUUUAAAUAAAGAUUCAGAUUUUUCUGAAAAUUUGGAUGUGUAUAUAUAGAAGCCCAUAUAUACACAUGUACAUGUAUAUAUACAUAUAUAUAUGUGUGUAUAUAUAUAUAUAUACAGUUUGACUUAUAUUGAAGUCAUUAUAAAAGGUGUUAAGAAUUUUGCCGUUUUCUGGCUUAAAUUUUUGUGGCUUGUUAUGAAUAUUGGAAGAGAAAAAAAAAAGAAAUACAGUUUAAUUUUCUAAAAUCGUGGCUGAACGGAACUUCAACAGGGAAUCUCUGCUUGCCUAACUGACAAAAGUUUCAAGUUGAAUUUGGAACUGUGUUGCGCUUUCAUGACUCUGGUAGAGGAAAACAAGCAAAUUUAAUGGCUGAUCUUGAAAUAGAAAAGUGUUGUAAUUUAGUAACGCAGAAUAUUUUGCCGCAGUUUUUAAUUCUUAACUUGCUGUUUGUUUGUUUGUUUGUUUGUUUGCUUGUUUGUUUUCUCUUUAGUAGCAUAGAAAGAGUACUGCAUAGGAAUCUUCCAAUAGUGUACUGACGUUUGUAGGCAUCAGUCUUCUCCCAGCUGCCACCAUCAAAGGGUGGAUCAAGUCCAGCCAGAAAGUGUGUAUCUAUUUUCAAUUCAAUAUUAGUGUGCAGUCAGAGUGAAUGUAAAUUUACAAAUACCAUUUUUGGGUUUUUUGUUUUGUUUUGUUUUGUUUUGUUUUUUUAUCGGAAUGAACUUUUCAGUCAUGUUACAUGGUGUGUUAUGUCCUCCUAAGGAACCAGUUAGAUGUUAAUCAUACUUUCUACACCUGGGUACUUGGUUAGGGACUUCUUGCCCACUGCCAAGAUUUAAAGACAGGACUCUUAGGAGUGAAGUAAAAGCAUAUUGCUUACACCACUUUUGCCUAAUGCAAUAUUUUCUAUUCCCCAACCCCUACUAACCAAAAGAG